AUGCACAAAACUGAUUUGAUGGAAAUAACUGUUAUAAUUUUGAUAAAGAUUACUUCUGCUGAACAUCAAGAUCAUGUGAUACUUUGGGAUGCUAGUAAUUGGAGGUUUAAAGGGAACAGAAAUCAGAUUUACGUCAACGAAGGUGAUAAUCUGAUUUUUAUUUGCCCAUCAAACAGAACCUUCUCACAAAAUCUAUAUUGGACAGACGACCAUCGGGUACAGCUGAAAUGCCAGGAAACAUUGCAAAUCAAAGUUGUCAAGCUGUUGGAUUGUUUUGACAACAAAUCAGUCAAAGAAUUUGUGUUGAAAGUUAGUCAGUUCCCGGAAAUUGUGUCACUUCCAAUUUUUCGUCACAAUUCACCAAUACAUUUCGUAGCCCAGUCUGUUAUAUGUCAACAAAAUAAUUUUCGUUUAAGUGCCACACUAGCCAGUGAUAACACAACGUAUUCUUCCUCAGCAAUAACCGAUCCUUCGUCAUCCCCUUCUCUGAAAUUAAACAAUGAAUUAAAUAGAGCCUCUUCGUAUAAUUUUACCAAAGGGAAUAUAAACUUUCCACCAAAUUCUUCAUCUCAAUAUCCGAAUACUGAUUUGUAUAAACCAGACGGAACAGAUUGGAAAGAAUAUCGAUUUCUACUUUUACCAGCCAUAUUGGCAUUAUUCACGCUGAUUGGUAUGCAGAUUGUUUUGUGUAGCUUUUGGCUGCCGAAUUCAAUCGUCGACAUACUAUUAAAAUGUUUCAGUCAAUGCCAACAUUUUACUAAGCAUAAGACACCAACAGAUCUUGAAAGCAAUGCAUUUGAAACAGAAAUUCAGAUCGAAGAUCAUGAAAAUUUCUCAUGUCAAACAGUAAACAUACAACAGUAA